UUAAGGAUAAAUCCUUAAAAGCGAGAGCCCAACCGGGGGGUUGUAUAGUUGUAUUGCAGUCACAAUAACAUAAAUCUAAUAUUCAAUAUGGCGUCUGACAAGGAAUGCGAUAUAAACAAUGUUACUAAGGACGAAAACACGACCGAAACAGCUCCUCAAACAACAGAAAAAUCGGGCUGGUUGUGGAAAAGAACUAAACUUUCAAAGCAGUGGGAAAAGAAGUGGUUUUCCCUUAAAGAACGGAUUAUAUUUUAUGGCGAUUCGCCAGAUGUAAGCGGAUAUUUUUGAACGUCUGUCAAAUGUUUGUUUACAUAAGUUUGUUGUUUGCUGUCCACACACUGCGCAACCAACUUGAUAAUAUUGUGUAGCAAAGUAAUGCUUCACCUGUUUUCAUCUCAGUAUUAAAAUAAACGAGGUUGAAAACACGAAAAAGCAAAGUCGCAAAGAGGAAGAGUAGUCGAGUGGAGUGCAUAAGGCCACUAUUUGUUGCAUAUUAGUUUCUCAUCCGGGGCUUCACCUAAAGUUGAUGCGGGCGGGCGGGAUUAUGCCAUUAUUUGUCGGAUUUCCCCUCUCCGUAAAUAUUACUUGAAAAAUGCGCAUUUAGCAUUUAUAGCAUUGCAAAAACAGCACAAAAUUAGUGAGUGCAACUGAGUAUGUUUUCAUCUUAAAAACAUGGUCACAUGUGAAAUAUUAAUCACAGAAUAGAGAAAUAAUUUUGUAGCCUAGUCGUCUCGCGUUUUUUUCCCUGCCCCUGGCUUUCGGUAGAACUUUUACGUAAAUGCGAGAGAAACUGGCAGUUUUGCAAUUGGUAUGAAAUUUCGUAUCUUAACUAAAACUUUUGGUUUGGGAACGUUUCUAAUUGCAUAUCUUUCUUUCAAAUAUAAUUUUGAAGACAUCACAAAAUUUGUAAUAAUGGUCAAAAAUGGCAAUAAUGGCGAACAAGACAAUUUUCUUAAAAAGCAUGCGGGCGGGGAUGAGAAACUAAUAUACAACAAAUAGUGGCCUAAAUGCAAAUAUUUAUGUUUCAAUGUUAUAUAAAAUAUUUGGUUUUGUGGUUUACGAAUAAAUAAUACAUAGUUUCAUAUGUAUGUGAAUAAUAUUGUUAAUAGACUGUCUAUGUUGUCUAUGUUAAUGUAGAUAUAAACUGAUAUAGACUCACAAAAUGUAUGUUGAUUUUAAUUGAGUAGUACAACGCUGCUCCAUAGAACACAUAAUUGAUUAUUAAUGCCUUUCCUCGAAUUUUAUAGGAUACACCAAAAAGCUUCACAUUGGAUUCGUGUGAAGUAGCGACAUGUGAAAUGAAAUCAAAGAGCUACACAUUCUAUCUCAAACCAAAGGACUCGCAGAGAAAAUAUUUUCUUUGUGCUGAGAACGAACCUGAACUACAAGAAUGGAUGCAGGUUAUUUGCCUCGCAAGAAGUUAUGGACAAAAAAAUUCGGAAGGCUCUGAAGCUUGUGUCAUCCAGUAGAGGAAUACUUUUCUUUCACUGAACUUGCUGGUUAAAUCCUGUACAAAUCUGGAGGAGGUUGUAUAAAAGGCAGUUAAAAUUUAACUACAGUUGGUGUAAAGUUAGCCAAUCAAAAUCACGUUAUUUAGAGAAAAUAGUAGUGAGAACGUAGUUAGAAAUUUUAUGCAACCGGUUUUCGGAUGGUACUGGACUUGACAUUGUCAAAGAUUGGAACGUUACUCGUGAAAGACUUUGCGUCAAGUUUGCAAGCCGUGAAAAAGGAUCGAAAAUGUAACAGUCUAUAGACCUGAAAACUUCAAAUUGGCUACGAACAGUCUUAGCACAUGUGAUAAAACAUUUAUAAAAUAUAUUAGAAGAGUUAAUAUAUUACUAAUUAGGAAAUUUAUCAAAUAAAUUGAGAGAACAGUCCUACCAACUUCAUUAUAUUUUCCUGCGAAUUCUCAACUUACUAGUAUGAAAAUAAAAAUGUCAUCUGCAUUGUUUAUCGUCGUCUUUGUGACAUAGUUCGGAAGAGUUUGCGUCUGUACAUAUAUUCUUGCCAAAAGCAGAAAUUUAUCAUAAUUUGAAAAACCGGUUUGACCGGUUUAAUAACUCAAAGAUUCUUGUGAAUCAAGUUUGACUACCAAGUCUAGAAAACAAGGACUUUCUGCUCGAUUUGACCGGUUUAAUAACUCAAAGAUUCUUGUGAAUCAAGUUUGACCACCAAGUCUAGAAAACACUGACUUUCUGCCCGAUUUGACCGGUUUAAUAACUCAAAGAUUCUUGUGAAUCAAGUUUGACUACCAAGUCCAGAAAACACUGAUUUUCUGCUCGAUUUGACCGGUUUAAUAACUCAAAGAUUCUUGUGAAUCAAGUUUGACUACCAAGUCUAGAAAACACUGACUUUCUGCUCGAUUCUUUUUUCGUGUCGGCGGACACACGUGCCUUUACAGUAGAAACAGGUUUGACAGGCUGGACAGCUCGGAUCGGUUUCAAUGGACGUAGUACACUGUGAGAUUUGGCAGGUUUUUCGGGACUAUCGUCUGACACUAUGCGAGACCCCACGCCCCUAAUUGUGCGUAUCGUUAGAGCUCCUGUACGCGUUGUCGAAGGUGGGGAUGCAGCAUCGGUUUCACCAAGACGUUUGAAAACUGAACUUUCACUCUGAA